AUGGAUCAAAUAGUCGAAGAGCCUUCUACUAAAGCUAUGUCAAAAUUGAAGAUUUUUGAAGCAUAUUGUGAUAGCAAAGAGAAAAAAUAUGAAAUUUUUAGGAAUGAUACUCUCACAUUCAAUGAUUCACCUAGACAAGAUGCCAUUGUUAUGUCAAAUAUCGAGGAGGUAAGUAAUCCUGAUGUCACUGUAAAUGCAACUAAUAUGGAUACAAACAUCAAUUAUGGUGAACCAAUCAUUACUUCUCUUCCUGAGAUGACGGUUGUUACAACACCGAAGAUCCUAUUUCCACGUCUGGUGUAG